AACAGGUUUUAACAGUGUGAAAAUACCUUCCAACAGCCAUGGUGGAUAAAGAGGAGACCAGUGACACUGACAGUGGGAUCAUUCUCAACUCUGGUCCCGACAGCCCCACGUUGCCAGUCAAGGACCUGACCACCCACACCCGGGCCAUGAGGCUGAAGCACCAGGCUCUGGAGAACAGGCUGGAACUGUGUCUACUGGACCUCAAGAAGCUCUGCAUUAGAGAGGCUGAGCUGACAGGUAAGUUGUCUUCAGACUACCCCCUACUUCUUGAUGAGAAGCCCCCUUGUGUCCGAAGGAGGAUAGGAGCUACAUUCAAACUGGAUGACAGUCUCAUCCACCAGGAUGGAGAGGUACAGACCAAUAUGAACCCUUCCCACGGUCAUCCUUUACACUUCCUAUAUUACACAGUAUUGGUAAUAGGUAAGGUCAGGGGUUUUUCCUAACAAUAUGUCGUAAAGCUUAUAAGCAAAGGCAAAGUGCAUAUCAGAUAGAGAGAUUUGAACACUGAAUACAGUAUUUAUUUCCUUAAACCCAGCCCAAUCAAGAAGUCUAUUAAAUUGAUAGGUCAUUGUUAUUCUAUUCAUCUAAGCAAAAUAAAAAUACAAACUCUCUCUCACUCAGGAUUCAGAGCUUCAUUCCUUAGAGGCAGACCUGGCCUUGCAGCUCCAGAUCGUUGAAGCGGCCCGUAGACUCUCAGUGGAGGAGCACCUGUCCAAACCACAGAAGAAGAGCAGGCUGCAGCAGUGUAAGAGGGAAGAUAGGAAAGUUAAGGAUCUCCAGGAAGCUGUGUUUCAGCACAGGAUCAGAAAUGAGUGCUCCUCUCCACCGACCAACAAGAACAACAACACAGCCAAACACAGAGAUCUGUGCAUGUCUGAUGACAGCUCCCUGUCUGAUGCAGUGGCCCUGGACGAUG